UGGGCGGGCAGACGCUGGUGGUGCGGGGGGACUCAGGCGACGCCACCAAGACCCUCCCACCGCCGCACCUCGUCGAUGACCGCAACCCCGUCCAGGCUGCCGCAGACUCCACCGAGAACACUAAUGUCGCCGAGGACGGCUUCCAGGUGGACGAAGACAUGGAGGCCGUGGAGGUCGAGGAUGAUGCCGAGGACGGGCGGGAGGUACAUGGCCGCAAGAGGAAGAGGCGGAUCCUCUUCACUAAGUCUCAGACGUAUGAGUUGGAGAGACGUUUCCGCCAGCAGCGUUACCUGUCAGCACCUGAGAGGGAACACCUGGCCUCGCUAAUUAACCUUACGCCCACGCAGGUAAAGAUAUGGUUUCAGAAUCACCGAUACAAGACGAAGAAGCUGUACCGCGAGAAAGGUCUUCCUCCGUCGCUAGACAACCCUUACGUGUCGUCAGCCAGUUCUCUAGGGUCGCUCCCCAGCGCCCUGCGACGACUCACGGUGCCCCUGCUGGUCCGUGAGAGGUUGUCGUCUGUACAUGGCGGCGGUGGACGCACGGACGGAAUGCCCCACGACACCACCUCUCUCCUAGACCCUCGUCUGGCCCCUCCGCUACACCUCUCGCCACCCGUCGCCUUCCCCGGGCUGUUCUCGGGGCUCUUCGGGGCAUCAGGAGGACUGCGACUGGGUUCUAUGCCGCCAGCCCUGACACAGUCCCAUCUGCCUCACGCCCUGGCGGCUUCCCUCACCUCCUCGCUUCUCCUGCCGUCUCACCCCUUGUUCUCCACGGCCUCCUCACUUUCCAACACGCCCCUGCCUCUCUUCUCCACCACCCCGCCCAUCACCACCGCCACCUCGGCCACCCACCACCACCGCGCCCCCAUCAAGGUACUGGAGGGCGGCGGUGGGAGUCGAUCGGCGUCCUCGUCACCGGCAACGUCCCUCUCCUCACCUCGCGCCACCUCCCCUGUCACCAGCAGCGCCGGCAUCAUCGAUACCACCACCGUCGGAGCUUCGCCAGUGCCGUCGACGACGCCCCACACCUCCGCGCGCUGGUGACCCCAAACGCCCGGCUAGUCUUACUGACCUCUGUGUUGUGAGAGAGACAUAAGGAAACAUUUAUGACCUGUGAGAGACACACGGCCCCACGAAGGUGAAAUGUGCAGAACAAUAGUACCUUGGUACAGUACAGUACAGUACAGUAUGUUUCACCGUGUGCCUUAGUGUAGCACCAUGCAGUGAGUGAUGGUGAUGUAGUGAGGUAGACCUCUGACUGCUGUAGAGUUUCUGUGAAAAUCUGUUCAAUUCUCUAACUAGUUCUUAAGACUGACGGUGAUCCCCAGAGUGACGUCACAGUGCCACGGUGUGUCAUGUGGCGCUCAGAUGGGACUGUAGUGCCAGGCUGUGUCGUGGAGAUAGAUGGGAUGUCCUCUCGCACCCAUAUAGUGUCAAGAACCUGUCGCACACAUAUAAGACUAUAACGUAAUAAUGUGUAGUAGAAAAGACCCUGUCGCGCCCUCAGUGACUGGAUGGGUGUGUUGUAGUGGGAGAGAGAACUGUCGCACCUAAACAGUGUCCAAAUGUGAAAACAAACUCGUGAAAAUGUGUCGUGGUGGAAAGUAACUGCCGCCCCAUAAUGGACGUAACUAGUGUGGAAAUGUGUCAUCGUGAGAAAAAAUAUCAGACCUGUCGCACCCAGAUAUCUAAAGUGUGAAAUGUGUCGUGAGUGAACAUGACACACUUAGGACCAUGACACACUUAAGACCAUGAGACACUUAGGACCAUGACACACUUAAGACCAUGACACACUUAAGGCCAUGAGACACUUAGGACCAUGACACACUUAAGGGCAUGACAAACAUAAGGAUAUGACACACUUAGGACAGGGCACACUUUGGACCAUGAGACACUUAAGACCAAGACACACUUAAGACCAGGACACUCUUAGGGCCAUUACAUUAUUAGGGCCAUGACAACAAGGCCAUGACAACAAGGCCAUGACACAAAUUGCAAUAAUUCACACUACUAGUAAAGGUGCAAUACUCCUGCAUUACAAAGAUCGCCACCCCUGGCAGAAGACGAGCGAACCAUAGUCUGGCACAGGUUUAAUAAGGCGUUGCUGUUCGUUUGUGCUGACGAUGGACAAGAUAAUACCACCAGGUAAGAGACUUGACUCUGCCUGGCGUUGUUUUUAAUCUCACAAUAACGGCAGACUAACGUUCGUCAGCCUAUCUCUUACCUCACAGUGACAAGAUUUAUGGACUCUACGCCAGACUAACGUUCGCCAGCCUCCACUUGACCCUCAAUGACAAGACUUAUACACCCUACGCCAGACUAACGUUCGCCAGCCUCCCCUUGGCCCUCAGUGACAAGACUUAUUCACCCGACGCCAGACUAACGUUCGCCAGCCCCCCUCGACCCCACAAGGCUUACAGACUCUAUACGUCAGGCUAAGGUUCGCUCGCCAUCUGCCAGGUUGAGGCGGGUUUGUGUGGGGUAGAGGAACGUGUUAGCCGAUGUCCACUGUACUGUAGUAGUGUCAGAGUCUCACAGUGUACACCUGUUGUUACGUACACUGUGUAUACCUCCAGGCGAUGUGUGGAGGAGGAGGAGGAGGAAGAGAGGAAGUUAAGGACGAGAAAAAUGAAGAUUUGGUGGUAUUUGUUAUACACAAUCUCGCCUCCUUGUUCCUCUUCCUCCUCCUCCUCAUGCUCUCCCUUUUUUCUCCCUCCUGCUGCUCCUCCUCCUCCUCCUCUCCCCUUUCCUCCUCUUCUCAUCUCCCCACCCGUGAACCACUUCCCGCCUGGAGGUCCUUUACUAUAUGUACAUAAUUUUAUCUAAU